AUCCGUCUCAUGCGCGACAAAGAGACUGGAAAGAGCAGGGGCUUCUGUUGGCUGAAAUACGAGGAUCAGAGAAGUUGCGAUCUGGCUGUCGACAAUCUCGGCGGCGCAACCGUCAUGGGCAAAAUGCUCGCUGUCGACCACACACGCUACAAGAAGCGCGACGACGAGGAUGAAGAUGAGGGCUACGUGGACCUUUGAUCAAGGAGGAACUCGAGCUGGCCAAACUCAUGCGCGAUAUGGAAGACGACGACCCUAUGAAGGCAUACAUGAUCGAGCAAAAGAAGGAAGAGGUUGAGAAGGCUUUGAAGAAGGUAUCAUCAUCUUCGUCUCGGAAACACGACUAUUCGCGCCGCGAAAAGAGACAUCACCGCUCAAGACGCGACCACUCUGGAGAAGACCGACACAGAAGACACAGAAGAGGCUCAUCACGCGACAUCGAAGACGACAGACGUGAUCGCAAAGACGGCCAUCGCUCCCACAGACGUCGCUCAAACUCUCCUCGACACGACCGCUCAGAAUCUCCCCGAAAAGACAGAUAUCGCUCCACCAAAGACCGUGACGACUCACCCCCUCAUCGUGAAAGAGACAGUAGGAGAAGGGAAUACACCAGGUCACCGACACCUCCGACUAGAGACCGCGACUACAAGCGCAAAGAACGCAGACGUUCUUCUACACCUCCUCGCCGCAGAGACGACUCCAGAAGCAUAUCUCCUCGUCCGAGACGUUGAGAUUAUCACACCAAUGUAAAUAUCCCAAAAGCAUUCCCUUGACGAAGUCAUGACAGGUUUUGUCUGGUG